GUUGUCGCUGACGAGAUGCUGGCCAUCGAUCAUGGCCGGUCUGUUUCCUUGGGACUGCAAUAUGGGCGGGAUGGGUCGGCUCAUAUAUAACAAAAAAUCGGGAGGAGCCCUGGACUGGGGCUAUGCAUCUACCUCAACAGACGAUCAUGUUCGCAAUAUGCGCCUUCAUUCUCACCAAUUGGACCAUGUCGAUGACGCAGAAAUCGAAAUGCUUGUACAGCUGUUUCAUCUCCUUCCAGAAGACCCAACCAAACGCGCGUACCAUGCCUCACUGCGUGCGCCCGGACAGAACUUGCAAACUCAAUAUCUGGCAUCUGGCGAGUUUAAGGCGAUCGUUUCCAUGGAGGGUCGUGAUUGUCAUGUUUGGCCCCAUUUGGAGAUCUCUCAUCUGAAAGUCGCCAGUUCCAUGUCCGAGGAGGUUCGAGCAGGCUGGGCGGUCCGCCGAUACCUCCCAGAAACCGAAGUAUGCCCGCCAGGCGAGCAUGGCGAAAAGACCUGGGGACAGUUCUUUGCGUGCUGCCCUGACCCGUCACGACCGAAUGUGACUGAUUCGGGUUAUCGGAAGUGUGACCUUGACAGCGAGUUAGGGGACUUGACAGCGCAGCCGCAGUGUGCCAAUUCAACAUGGACCCUUUGGACGUACGAUUCGGGAUACUUCUGCUGCGAUCCGACGAUUGGGGAACGGGGUUACUACUAUCAAUCUACUGGGCAGCUGGGUUGUGGCACCAGCUCGUGGAUCUCGACGGCUGAUCCGGCUGAUGUGCGGAAUGCAGGGAAUUAUCCACAGCCGGAAGUGAAAAAGAAUUCAACGAAUAAAGGCGCGAUAGCGGGUGGUGUAGUCGGGGGUGUUUGCGGGGCCCUGAUAAUCGUGGGAAUAAUAUGGUUCUUUCUCCGUCGUCGUCGCCUGUCGAAACGACCCAAUACCACAGAUGGUUUCACCGAUUCGAGCAUUAAUAAAAAUAAUACAGCCAAGGCCGAGAGUGGUCCGGCCGAGCUGCAUGAAUCUUCCCCCGUGCAAAAGGAAAUGCCGGCUGAUCCGCACUUGCGCCACGAGCUGUCAGGAACGAUGCCUGCAAAGCAAGAACCGUCCGAACUUGCUUGA